AUGCCUACUCUCAAUUUCAUCUCUGCUUCUUGCUGGUUGAUGAGAGCGGACACUGUUGAAACAGAUCAUCAAGGCACUAUUGCACUACCCACUCGCAUUUGUGAUCUCCGAUCCCCCAAAGGAACAUUUAUUACCGCCUCAUUAACGGCAUCGUCGUUCUACCACGCCUCAGUCCAGAAUCUCUUGCAACAGCAGCAUCAGUGUUCACGCUGA